CUUUAAAUUAACUUUUUCUAAAGCUUGGUUAGUUCAUACGAUUCCUUUUAGUCUUCGUUCAGAUUCUGAAGUGCUCUGUGUGCUAUGGAUAGUGCACAGUACAUAGCCUUUCUAAAUGGUAAAAUUUAUUAUUAAGGCAUAUAUGUAUGAGUAACCAAUCAUGUCGGAGUUAUCUAAAACCAAGAUGUCACGCUUAAUAAAAGAAAAAGUGUGUGAAACAGAUGAAACAUGCAUGAAAAUAAUUAAAGAAAAUAAACUUACUUCAUCUGCUGCACAAAAUGUAACAAACAACUGUGAUUAUGAUGUUGAAAAUAUGGAAGGUUGUGAUCACAAAGAGCUCAACUUAAUUAAUACGGAAUCAGCUUUUAUAGUUAAUAAUCAAAUGGGAAAACUGCACAUUGAUGGUAAUGACCCAAUUCAAUGUAUGUCAAUGCAUUCUGAAAUUCGCGAAUGUGCCGGUUCUCGCUCAAAUAUCCAUGACAAAAGAGAACACAGCACAAAAAACAAAAGGACCGAUAAGUAUAAUGAUCCUCUAGAUGAACAAAUGCAAUGUGACUGCAAGGACCUAAGAAAAAAAAAUUGCACAAAAGAGAGUGAAGUGAUUUAUGAGAAAAAUAUAUUGACAACCUCAGAAAAUGACAACUCGGCUUCAGAAAAUAAAUGUGUCUUAACACAUGUAAAUAGAGACAAUGAUGUUCAAGCCAAAGAAAUAAAAUAUUUCCCCACACUUAUAAAAUCCCAGUCGCUAGACUUAUAUAAUGAUGACUGUACUUUUGUAAGUAUUGAGCAGAAGUUGCAUAACCGUCUUCUUCCAAAUAUAAAUGAGAAUCGGUCAACUGAUAACCAAGAGCCACAAGAGUCUAGAAAUGAAACAUCGAGAUCGGAAACAAUUGAGCAUUAUACUGCAGGGACUGAUGGAUGUCAACAGAUAAUUCAAAAGCCAAAUAUUUUAACAGCAACAUUUAAGACUACAGAAUCUCGCCCAAUAUACCCUAAUGUACCAUAUAGUCCGUAUGGAAGCCCAAGAUCAGUACGACGCCGACCUCCCCUGCGUGAAUCGCGCCGAAUUUCCAUCGAAAAAUCCGGAAGCUUUUUGCAACUCAAUCAGUAUAAGCUUAUGGAUCAAAUUGGUCAGGGCUCAUACGGUCUUGUAAAGCUAGCUUACUCUGAAGAAGACUCCACACAUUAUGCGAUGAAAAUUCUUUCAAAAAAACGCUUAGAGCGCCAAGCUGCCCUUAUGCGACGUAGUCCGAAACAAGCGACUUCUUAUCUGGAUCGUGUUUAUCGAGAAAUUGCGGUAUUGAAGAAACUGGACCAUCCCAACAUUGUGAAGCUUGUUGAAGUUUUGGACGAUCCUUCAGAGGACUCGCUCUACAUGGUUUUCGAGCUGGUAAAAAAGGGAGAAGUCCUUUGUAUACCCACAGAUAAGCCAUUGUCUGAAGAGCUUGCUUGGAGUGUAAUUCGAGACUCAUUACUUGGUUUAGAAUAUUUGCAUUAUCAGAAAAUUAUCCACGCGGACCUUAAACCAGGAAACUUAUUGUUGACUGAAUGUGGACAUGUGAAAAUCGCUGACUUGGGAGUAUGUAAUGAGUUUCUGGGAGAAGACGCCACAAUGAGUAAUGGUUCUACAGCUGGAACACCCGCUUUUCGAGCCCCUGAAACCUUAGUCUUAGGCCAGAAUGUGUACUGUGGUCGGGCGGCAGAUAUUUGGGCGCUAGGUGCAACAUUAUUUUCAUUGGUUUAUGGCAGCGUUCCUUUUAUAGCUAACUCAAUACCUUUACUUUAUGAAAAAAUUAAAAACGACGAUGUGGUUUUCCCAGACACACCAAUUAUUAGUGGUAAUAUGCGACACUGUAUUAUUCGAAUGCUUGAAAAGGAUGCUUCACAUAGGAUAACUUUGCCACAACUGAAGAUUGACCCAUGGAUCACAAGAAAUGGAAUUAAUCCAUUGCCUACAGAAGAAGAAAAUUGUUGUCUAGUACAAGUAGACGACGAUGAUAUAAAUUCGGUUGUUCGCAGCAUUCCGAAGCUUGAUACUCUCAUCUUGAUCAAAACAAUGCUCAAAAAUCAUUCAUUUGGCAAUCCAUUUUUUAAAGGAAUUUCGGGAAAGACUCCUCAACCUGGUGGUUCUAGAUUACAAAAGUUUAUUCAAGCUGGUAGAUCAAAUUCGGCACCUGGUUCAUACCAUAUGGCAUUAGACAGACAACCAUCAACGGAUAAUGUACUCCCAUCUUUGACUGAACAUAGUCCAAAUCAUAGAAUUGAAGAUUUAUAAUAAAUAAGCACGAUAUCAGGAUAAAAUAAAAUACUUUGCGAUAAAAUAAUAACACCAAUAAUUUGUACAUUUUUAAGAAAGUACUUACUUUUAAAGUAUUACCGGCCAAGCCGACGAAUCCUGGUGAUACCUUUCACGAGUGCUUUACAUAUAUACAUAUGAAUUUUUAAGGGUGUAACUAUCGUUUUUAAAUGUAUCUUAAUUAAAUAUUUGAUUAAAAUAGAGUGAAAUCUCUUUUGAAAAGUUCCGCAAUUUUUUCCGGCCAACAGGGGUGCCCUUCCAAAGAAAUUUAAAAAUGAAUUAAAAAUUAGUUUCGCACAAAAAGUGUACUCCCUAAGAAGUGCGCUUUAUAGGUUUUUCCGUUAGGGAAGUUUCACUGUAUAUAAUUAAUAUACAAUUCUAUACAUUUAUAUACUCGCAAUUAGUACCAUUUUAGUUAAAUAACACGUAUUGUGUUGAAUUGUUGCAUAAUAUAUAAGUUUUGCAUUGCAAGUAAUCUUUGUUUUUAUUCUCACAUAAAGUCAAACAACUAAAAACUUUUUUGCCAUGGUAAAUACUAAAAAUACAUACAUAAACUUCAAAUUUAAAAUAAAACGUAACGUACCAAAGUGCAAUAUACAAAUUAAUAUUAAAUAUAUACGUUUUAGUACUACUGUUCCAGUUGUGGCAACCGUAACUGCAAGAUUGUACAAAAUAUUAAGACCACACGCAAUGAGUGUGUGCAUUAUACUCUUUUAUUAUUCAACUUUUUGCUUUAAUCUAGUUAUGUGUUAAUAUAUUUACCGGAAAAAAAUUCCCAGAUGCUAAGAUUUAUUAAUACGGAAAUGACUACAUAUCAAGAUUAUCAACUGAAUUUUAUAGUGCUUGAGGUUGACUUUCAAUACUUAGUAAAAGACGGCUCUCAUAUACAUAUAUAUAUUCUUAUAUGAGAUAACUUUUAAAUAAUACAUAAUACUUAGAUUAAAAAGCAUUUCUGUGGGACAAAAGUAUCAAAACUCUGUUAAAACUCAAAAACUUGUAUUUGUUGUAAUAAGUUUGCUCUAUAUUCAUUAAAGUAGUCACUUCCACGUGGAAUACGCUUGAACAACUUUUUUGGGUUUAUGAAAUAUGUUACAAAGUACUCAAUACAUUUUUUUUAUUGCCUUGUAUUUUUUUUCAAAAUGCUGGAUUUUACAGUGGUUCCGGAAUGCAUUCCGCCUAUUUUAUUACUAAGUUAUCAUAAAUUACGGAGGCAAUUAGUUUCUCAAAUGCAAUUCUUUGCGCACUCUCUGAUAAUUUCCAUUCAUGAAAGACAAUUGACAAUGAUAUAGCAAAAAUUUCAUUCCGCGUACAAAGUGUAUAGCAUUGCUAUAUAUUUGCAAUUAGUGUUUGAAAACUCACUCAUAGCUGACUACGAAAGGAUGCCUCGUAAUGUUGCAUUUCGUUGAAAUAAAAAUGGUACAACCCCGACACUUUUUGCCCACAGUAGUAGUGAAAAGAAAAUAAUUCUAAAUUUGUAUGAGAAUAUGAUGUCUUUUAAUAUGAUGUAUAAAUAAUUGUUGUUUUACUAUUUCAGGUAAUUUUGCACUAAAAAACAAACGUAUGACUUAAAUUAGAAAAAGCU